ACGUCCAUCCAUGCCUCACGCGGAAAACGGAACAAUGGGUGAGAACUCGGUUAAUGGAGAGAAAGUUCAUUCCCACUUCAUCGAUCACUUGACAUCCUAUCCGGUGGUUGCAGAUUCAAUCACCGUCUUCAAAACAAAUAAGUAUGGCGCAAAGACGCUAGAGUAUGCCGAUCAAGGGUACAGCCGCCUGGCCAAGCCACUUCUUCCAUACUUCUCCAGGCCCUAUGUCUAUAUUGCCCCCUACGUUGCUCGCGUGGACUCGCUCGGCGACCAGGGCUUGACCAAAGUCGACGAAACCUUCCCCAUCGUUCGGGAGGACACCGACAAGCUGAAGGAAUCCCUCCGAGACGGAGCCACCUUCCCAUUGCGCUUCGCCGGUGACAUGAAGGCCCAUGUGGUCGACACCCUGAACUCGGAGUACAAGAAAUGUGGGGGCGAUGGUGUCGUCGCUGGCAGCAAGGCCAUCAUCAGCACCACUCUGGUGCUGUCGCAAGAGUCAUUGGCCUACCUCAGCUCCCUGCUGCAGGCGAAGAAAACGCAGGUCAAGGAAGCUGUGAACGAAAAGACCGACAAGUAGUCCCAACUCCGUCUUUAUUGAUACCUCGGAACCAUUUCCGUCCUGGUCUCUCGAACUUUUCCAAUGUCUUCGACUCUUUGCUUUGCUACUUUUUUUCCCACUUUUAGAAAGCUUUGCGCUCUUGUGGCUUUGUUCGCUUCGUCAGCGGUGCGUGGUGCACGUUUAGUUCUAAUUUCUCUGUAACGAACAUUGGUGGUUAUCCUCUCUCUGCUCUGGUGGAAUGUGCGUGUGUGUUAGUUAUAGCUUGCAUUUGGAUACACAUCAUGGGUCUCAGCUCUUGAUAAGUGUAUCUCUUGUGAAUCAGAAUUGCCGAUAUUCUCGCGGAAUGCAUUGAGGGGGAGAGCCGAUAGACGUUCAAGAAGACAUCAACCUUGGCAGAUAGAUCCAUGCGUAUGGCAGGAGCAGAAGCAAAAAGAGAUCUCCCCGACUGGGAGUCGAACCCAGGUCUCCCG